UCUUGACUCCACAAACAUGGCGGAGGUCAUACUUCGCUGUAGCAGAAGCACUGUCAACAUUUCGCCCAAAAUAUGCAACUAUUUUCCACCGAAAUCUCCUGGGAAGCACGAAGAAGGGCUGAGGGAUGACAAAAGAGCAGGUCAUGGACAUACUUCUGUAUCUUGGGGCCACGGAGACUAUCUAGGGAUUUUCUUCCCUCAAAGCAGCGCCCGUCCAGGCUCUUGCUGGGGACAUUUAACCUUUAUUAGGACUUAUGCCAAUGGCACCAGAGAGGAGCCUCUUUACAGAAGCAAAACCGGCUACUACGACAUCCUCGGCGUGUCUCCCACGGCCACCCAAGCGCAGAUCAAAACCGCCUACUACAAACUGUGCUUCCUCUACCACCCGGACAGAAACGCCGGAAACGAUGAUGCCACCGUCCGCUUCUCAGACAUCAGCGAGGCCUACUCAGUGCUGGGCCACAAGGGCCUGCGAAAGAAGUAUGACCUUGGCCUCUUGAGUCUGCUCGACCUGACCAACAAGACCCAGGUCAGACCCUCCGCCGCCAAUCCCCCCGGAGGAGGGAGCUCAGCGGCAGCAGGAGGGAGGAACGCGGCAGUGGACCCCCGGAGUACCAUAUUUGACUUUGACAAGUUCCUUCGCUCGCAUUACGGCGACCAGCUCCAGAGGGACAGAGACAUUCGAAAACGGAAGGAGGAGAUGCUGAAGAAACAGCAGGAGUCGCUGGGCGAGAGGAACAAGGAAAGCACCAUGGAGGUGGGUGUCGUCAUGAUGCUCGUUGCCGCCAUGGUGCUGCUGAUCACCUUGAGGGGAGUGUCGAGAUGAAGUCAUACUGUUCAUUUUCCUUCAUGCACACACAGUUAAAUUUCAUAUUUAUAGAAAAUUAUGAACUAUGGGUAAUCAUUACCUCUUUAGAGCCACAAAGGUUGUGUAUUGUAUGAUGACUGCUUCUCAAAAAUGGUUAGAGGUAUUUAAAUGUGGGGAGGGGGGCAGUUGCUGUGUAUACAAUUUCCCAAAAGUUGUUUUUUUUCAGCCUAAAUUAGUAGGAUUACUCCUGCCACUGUCAAUCCGUCAUACUUUUUUUGACUUACAAUAAGUCAUGGCACACUUGUAUUAUAACUAUUGCUAUUUGUCUUUUUGGGCGGUGCAAUGUUCUAGAAUAAUGUGCCUUUUAUGUGGGUGCUUUUGUCAUCCACAUAUAUAAGUAAUGAAUGAAACAUAUCUGGUGUUCA